CUGAGGAAAAGCUAAAAUUAAAAAAAAAACAACUGUUUCCAAGUUUUCAGCUUGCCUGGAAAAGGAACUCCUAAAGCCAGAUCCAGAUUCUAUUAUUGGAUUUAUGGAUAAGCCAGAAAAACAUGAAAAUCAUUCUGAAGAAUUGUCAUCACAUCAUCCAAGUAAAACACAAGAAAAUAAUCAGCCAUGGAGUGCAAGUGAAAAUGAAGUGAACUGGCUGAAACAAGAUACCCUAAAUGAAGAGACUGAACUUGAGAAAAUACUUGAGGAAGCUGAGAUUGCUGCUAAUUCUGUAGUGUCACUGAUACCAUUAUUUAAAGACUCCCUUGCUGGGUUUAAUGAAAAUAUGAGCAGUUCAGUUGACAUAUUGAUGGCCAAGUUAGCUGAUAAUGAAUCUGAAAAUAAUGCUCUUAGAAAGAAAGUCCUAGAAAAGGAGGACUAUAUCCAGGAGCUUUCUUCUUUUAUUCAGAAAGAAAAAGCAAAUACCUUAAAGACAAGUCAGCUUUCACAUUCAGUAAAAUCGGUGCAAUCUCACUUGCAGCUACAGAUUCAAAAAAAAGAAGCUGAGAAUGACCAGUUGAAAUCACAUAUAAAGAGUUUAAAAGCUAAGAUAGUUGAGUGGAAGCUACAAUUGAAAACAUAUGAGCAACAAGUUGUUACACUGAAGCAAACAAAUGAGCAAAAGAAAAUAGCCCUGAAAAAAGCCAAUAAAGUUUGCAAAGAAAGAGCUGACUCUUUUAUGGCAAGUAUUGAAGGCCUAACUUCUCAAAUUACAGAUCGGGAAGCCAGAUUGUCUGAAGCACUUUCAGCUUCCCUAGCCUGGAAAAGUCAUUAUGAGAAAGCUGUAGAAGAAAAGACAGAUUUGGAGGUCCAGGUUGAGACUCUGAAAAAGAAAAUCAUAAAUCUUUUGGAAGAACAAAACAAGAAGGAAGAUCCUGGAAGAAACUCAAAUAAAGAUUUUCUUAAAAAACUUCACUCCAGUGAAUUGGAAAAUGAAAACAUUCUUCUUGAGAAUGAAAAACUAAAGAUCACGCUUGCUGCUUUGGAGGAAAAAGUUAUUUUAGUUGAAAAUGAACGCUUGGAAUUACAAGAUGUGGAGAAAAAGCAGAAAGCCCUUGUUGAAGUAUAUAAAGCUCAGGUACAAAAGUUACAAAAAGCAGUUGAAGACGUGAAAAACAGAUAUGAAAAACUAGUUUCUGAAAAAAAGCUAAUAACGCAAACCAAAAAGUCAACAUUGGAGGAGGUGAGGGACCAGAUGGAGUCACAUUCGAAAGAAUUAGAACAUGUUCACAGUUUACUGGAGGGAGCCGAGCUGGAGCUGCAGGACUGUCAGGAGAGGCUCAACUACUGCAAAGGGAAAUUCACAGACCAGUCCCAAACUGUCCAAGAUCUCCAGAGUCAGAUUGAUGAUAAUCAGUGCCUUUUGAAAACAUUCUCUCUGGAAGAGGAAAAUAGCCCCAAAUCGAAAUGUGAAAACCUUAAAAAAAAAUUAGAACUGAUGGAUGCAGAAAAUGAAAAGCUUGAAAGGAAGGUGGCAAGCCAAGAAGAGUACCUGAAGAAGAAUAAAUUCAAAUUUAAAGAGAAAUCUGCAGAGUACAAUGCCUUGGCCCGGCAGCUGGAGGUUGCUUUAGAAGAAGGAAAACAAAAGGUUUCAGAAGAAAUAGAGAAAAUGACAUCCAGAGAACAGGCUUUACAAAUAAAAAUAUUAGAUCUGGAAAGUGAACUUAGGAAAAAAAAUGAAGAACAAAACCAACUUGUUUCCAUAUUCAAUACUGAACCAGGGAAUUUAUGAAGUAACAAUUUUAGACGUGGAAAGUACCUCAUCAGCUAUCUAGUCCAAUCAAUACCCAAAAAGGAAUCAUCACAAUGUGCCUAACAAGUCAUUAUCCAGUCUCUGCUUGAAGACUUUGAAUGGUGGAAUCCCACAGUCUCUUAAAUGCAAUCUAGACAUCUAGAUCACUUUUGAAUGACUAAUCAUUAGCUAGUUUUUUUGUUUUGUUUUGUUUUCUGACAGUAAGCCAAAAUGUAUCUCUUUUCAAUAACUUCUCCUUGAUUCUGCCUUCUGGAGCUAACCAGAAGAAGUCUGUUCCCUCUUCCAUAUGAUAACCCUUCAAACACUUGAAAAUAUGUCAUGUUUCUCCUUUGAUUUCUCUAGGCUAAAUAUCCCAUUUCCUCCAACUGAUCCUCUUGUGGUUGCUCUCUUCUAGGCACUUUAUGACUUCUCAUUGUCCCUCCCACACUGGGAUAUUUAUAUUUAAACAUAGUACUCUGUAUGUAGUCUGACCAGAGUUCAGAGAGAUCAGCUCUACUGGCUGUCAUAUCACAUUAUUAACUCAUAUUGAGCUUGUAGACCUCUUUAACUACCAGAACUUUUUUAGAUAAACUACUGUAGCACUUCCUUCCCAUUUUAUAUGCUUUUUUAGUUGAAACCAAAUGUGAGAUUUCACACUUAUCCCUAUGUAAUUGCAUCUUCUUCAAUUCAUUUCAGUAGAUCACGACUCUGUCUAUGUUGUCUGCAGAUUUGUUUAGCAUGUCCUCUCUGUCUUUAUACAAGACACUGAUAAAUAAAAGUGUUAAAUAGUAUUGAGCCAGAUGCAAAAUGGAACUAUCAGUGAGUUUUUUUGGGGUCAGGUCAUUCAACCAGCUUGGCAUCCAUCUAAUUUUGUUACCAUCUAGCUUGCUACUUUCCAUCUUUCACACAAGAAGUUCUUUGCUAAGAUCAAGGGAAAUAAUAUCUACAGCAUAUAGUAGGCAUUUAGUAAAUGUGUAUUGAUUAAUUUCCAUGAUCCUCCUG